AUGGGCCAUGAGUUGUUCAACUGUCCUACCAGAAAUAGACUAGAGAGGGGUGCUCAGAGGAGUGAUGUGCAGAGGGGUGAUUCUCAUAGGGGUGACAGACCCACUACAACUGGUAGGGUAUUCGCCUUGACUGGUGUUGAGGCUUUGACUUCUUCUGAUCUCAUGAAGGGGAAGGGCAAAGCUGCUGGUAAGAAUGUGAUGUUUUUGUUUGACUCUAGGGCUUCCCAUUCGUUUAUUUCCUAUGCUUGUGUUGUUGUGCUGGGUGUGCCUAUGUGUGAAUUAGGGUUGAGACUGCUAGUGUCGACGUCCGCUUCUACUUUGGUAGUUGCUUCAAAGAUGUGUGUUGGCUGCCUAUUGUUGUAA